AUGAGCGAAUCCUGUGCGAACCCCCUCCUUCUGGGGUGGAUCAAAGAAAUGCUGGAUCAAGCUCGAGAGCGAAAUAGCAAAGGCGCGAUUGUGUACAAAAAGGCAUAUGAAUCCAUGAAGGCCUGUCCAUUGGUCUUCGAACAUCCGUCUCAGGCGCAACAGCUUAAUGGAGUCGGCCCCAAGCUCUGUGAACGUCUCACAGAGAAGCUGCAGAUGUACUGUGAAGAAAAUGGUCUGCGGAUGCCAGAAGAUCCCAAACGCAGAAGACCCCAGUCCGAAGCUAGCCAGGCUGGAAACAAUAAAAGAUCCUCCGACGGUGAUGACGUCGAUGAUCCGGCUCCAGCAAAGAAAGCCCGCAAACCAAAACCCUACGUGCCCGCCUUGCGGUCUGGGGCGUACGCCUUGAUUCUCGGGCUGGCCACCCUCGGCGAAAGCUCGACUCAAAGCCUGACGAAAGCGCAACUGAUCGAAAAGGCCCAGCCCUUUUGUGAUAGCUCAUUCACCACCCCAGACGACCCGAAGAAAUUCUUCACAGCAUGGAACUCGAUGAAGACUCUUCUUCAGAAGGAGCUUGUCUACGACCAUGGCCAUCCGCUGAAAAAGUACGCCCUCACGGAGGACGGGUGGGAGGUUGCCAACCGAAUGAUCAAGACAUUACCUGACUCAAUUCGGAGUACUUUUUCCAAGCCAGAUGCCGAGUCACAAGCAGAAACCAAUCCCAACGAUCUCUCACCCGAUCUCAUGAUCAACCCUCUUGAUGCCCCUUCAGACACCUCACCAGUCACCCCAAUCCCCAUCCCACCCGCCAGCUUCACCGUCCAGCUGGUCCUGGACACCCGCGAAGUGCGCUCCUCCAAAGACCGGGACUACAUCUCGAACGAACUGCACCGCAAAGGCGUGCCGCACGACGUGCGGGCUCUGGAGCUCGGCGACGUGAUGUGGGUAGCCAAGUUCCACGAUGCGCGGUUCCUCGCGCAGCACGGCGAGGAAGGCGACGAGGUCAUGCUGGACUACAUCGUGGAGCGCAAGCGGCUCGACGACCUGCUCGGCUCGAUCAAGGACGGCCGGUUCCACGAGCAGAAGUUCCGGCUGCAGCGCUCCGGCAUGAAGAACGUCGUCUAUCUCAUCGAGGAAUCGGCCAUCGCGCACGACCCCGCCAGCGGCUCCGCCCAGCGCUACCAGGACAUGAUCACCUCGGCCGUCACCUCAACGCAGGUCGUCAACGGGUACUUUGUCAAGAAAACCAAGAACAUCGACGAUACCAUCCGGUAUCUGGCGCGCAUGACGUUCCUGCUCAAUCGCAUGUAUACCUCGGCGUCGCCGGCCCGCGCCCUCGCACUGAUGCCGAGUCGCCAGCUCUCCUCCGCGCAGUCGUAUCUCGAUGCGCUCGACCGGCUGCGCGCGGAAUCCCCUUCCACCACGUUUUCUGUCACGUUCCCCACGUUCUCUGCCCUGUCGUCUAAAUCCGAGGCCCUCACGCUGCGGGAUGUGUUCCUGAAGAUGCUGAUGUGCACGCGAGGCGUCACGGGAGAGAAGGCUUUGGAAAUUCAACGCCGGUGGCCGACGCCGCAGGCUUUUGUUCAGGCUUUCGAAGCGCUGGACCCGAAGGAUAGGGAAACUAUGGUUUCCGAGCGGGUGAAGUCGGUCGUCGGGCGGAAGUCUGUUGGGAAGGCUCUGAGCAAGAAAAUCGCGGAAGUAUGGGCUGAACAAGGUUGA